GUAGUUUGAUCAUGACGCAGUCGCGGCAUCGUGGCUUCUGAUGCGAUUAGUAUUGUUCCACGUCCGUUCUGCUAGACGAGAGAUAGUUUAGCUUUCGCCCGGCUCGGCCUCUGUACGCGUGUGUGCAUGUGCGCGUGGCUGACCGAACCCCCGCUACGAGCCGAUCACGUAUUAUACUGGUCGCCUGCGCGCAGAAAGUAAAUGCGCGCCCGCGCGAGCACUAAUGGAUUUCGGCGGCGGUGCGUAAGUGCGCGCGCGCGCCGGUAAUUGUACCUCUUGUGCACAUUCUCAAAAGUAUACGGCCGUUCGAGACAUUUGACAGUCGAUACAACCUGCAGCUUUCGUUCGUGCGGUACGCCUCGUUCUCGACGUUGCUCCCACUUUUUUCCAGUCUGCGACAAUCUACGCACCUCAGAUAUUACUAGUUCAACUUUGGAUUUAACUCGACUAAUACAGUGAAAAAUAUCGCAAAAUGACUAGCGGCAAAAUCCUGGUUCUUGGGUUGCUUGCAUUACUUUCAACAACUCAAGUAACAGGAGCCUGGCACGAUGGAUCUGGACCAUGGGUCAUUGCUACUCAAGGAGAACCAUGGCCACUACCCAACCAGCGAGAAGUGAAUAACGUAAACUACCACCUAGAACCAUCUUCCUUCAAUUUUCAGAUUGCUGGACAGACAUGCGACAUUCUUGUGGAUGCCGUCAAGAGAUAUAAAAAUAUCCUUGUAAAGGAAUUUGAAGUGGCGCAAAAGCUUGCAUCGCAUAAACCUGACAAUGAGAAUACUAUUUACGAAGGAUUACUUUUGGGAUUGGAAAUACACUUGAAGCAGCCUUGUGAGAUGUAUCCACGUUUAUCAUCAAAUGAAACAUACACAUUAAGCGUACCUGGCAAAACUAACAAAAAAAUCGCGAUUUUGUCGGCCGAUUCCAUUUGGGGUAUCCUAAGAGGACUUGAAACUUUUUCGCAACUUGUUACUCAUUCCGAAAAUGAACCUGGACUCAUCAUGAAAGGACAAACAAUUGUCGACAGCCCUAGGUUACCGCACAGAGGUCUUCUCAUCGAUACUUCAAGACAUUACCUUCCAAUCGCAGAUAUUAAGCUUAUAUUGGAUGCUAUGUCCUAUAACAAAUUGAACGUUCUUCAUUGGCAUAUCGUUGAUGACAAUAGUUUUCCUUACGAAAGUACUGUAUAUCCUGAACUUUCAGCCAAAGGCGCUUACCACCCUUCAAUGAUUUACACAGUCGAUGAUAUAACUGCUGUUAUUGAAUAUGCACGUUUUCGAGGAAUCCGCGUACUGCCGGAAUUCGACACACCUGGUCAUACUCAAUCUUGGGGCUUGUCUCAUCCAGAAUUUUUAACCCCAUGUUAUGAUGAGACGGGAAAACCUACUGGCAAAUUGGGCCCGAUGAAUCCAACCAAGCAACCACUCUACGGCUUCCUAAAAACGCUGUUUGGCGAAGUAACAGCAAGAUUCCCAGACAACUACAUUCAUCUCGGAGGUGACGAGGUACCGUACGACUGCUGGAAGAGUAAUCCCGAGAUAAAUAGGUUCAUGCAGAAAAAUAACAUUAGCACGAAGUACGCAAAACUUGAGGAGCUAUACAUCCAGCGCGUACUCGACAUUGUGGAUGAGUUGAAGGUCAAACCAAUCGUUUGGCAAGAGGUUUUCAACAACGGAGUAAAGAUGCACGAAGGCACAGCAGUUCAUAUCUGGACUGGCGCCUAUAAAGCUGAGAUGGCUGAUGUCACUGCCGCUGGACAUCCAGCUCUACUCUCUGCAUGCUGGUACCUCGAUCAUAUUGCAUCUGGUGGUGACUGGCUAAAAUAUUACCACUGUGAUCCUCUGGAUUUCAAGACUACCUCGCCUGAACAAUUAAAGCUUGUUUUAGGCGGAGAAGCUUGCAUGUGGGGCGAAUUUGUUGACAAAAACAAUGUGCAUCCAAGGAUUUGGCCAAGAGCUUCUGCUACGGCCGAAAGACUUUGGAGUAACAUAAGUCAAGACGACGACACUGCUGCUCAACGGUUAGAGGAGCACGCAUGCCGUAUGAAUAGACGCAAUGUGCCCGCUCAGCCACCCAACGGAUCUGGAUUUUGUGUAACAUAAUUUAUAAAUUAAGAAAAUGUGCAUUCUUUUUUAAAUACAAAAAGCAAUUAAAAUCUGAUAUUACCGACUAACAUUUGAAUAUUAUGCUA